AUGACUGGACUCGCAAUGACGACUACGUCGGCCCAACCGGCCGCUGCAUCUGCGAUUCCCAAGGCCAGCCCACCCGACGAGGCACAGCAGUCAACCUCCAAAGAUCAAGAUCAAAACCGAGAGAUCACAAGAAAGAAAAUACAAAUUCCAAAGCCAAAGUAUCGUCUCCAUGCUGAGGACCUCCGCCAUCCAGAGUCUGCAUCAUUCUCUACCUACAUCCCGGAUGUGGCCGCGACUCUCGACACGGCCCUCAGCAACAUCGUCAGAUACCUCUAUACGAGCCCAGAAACCGGGUCUUCGGUGGAGGCGGAGAGUGUUCCGAAAAGAAAGCGGCCUCGGUUCAUCCCAUUUAUCCCACCGACGCGCUCAGUGACAUUAUUCCUGCGCGACUUCGACGGCGUGGCCUACACGACGGGCACGGAGUUGGAUGACGACCACAAAGAAAUUCACCUCUCACUACCGUAUAUCACGCACUGCAAAAACUCGGCAGCAAAAGCUGACCCGGUGCACGAAUUAGCGGGUGUGCUCACCCAUGAGCUAGUUCACUGCUACCAGCACACCUCGCCCCCAGACUCUGCGAAGGGCGAGAAGGAUAUCCCUAACCCACCGGGAGGUCUGAUUGAAGGUAUUGCGGACUUUGUUCGGCUUAAGGCUGGUCUGUCGCCGCCACAUUGGACGCGGCCUACGUCUUCCUCACAGAGAGAGAAGAAAUGGGAUGCGGGAUAUCAGCAUACGGCGUACUUUUUGGCGUGGAUUGAAGAUGUUUGGGCUGGUGUGGGUGCGGUUGGCAUGCUCAAUGAUCGGCUCUACAGGGUUGGUUAUGUUGGCGAAGGGGAGAAGGAUGAGGCGAAUGGUCAUGAAGGGGGCUUCUGGAAAAGUCUCUUUGGGCUUGAGGUUGCGCAAUUAUGGGAUGAGUAUGGGCAAUGGCUUGAUGAUGGUGAGAAGGCCAAAGGAAACUGGGAGGAGGAGAUUGUCAACCCAGUAUAG